AUUAUUGGCAACUUUUGCGCCUGUUAAUGGGACCUGAUGUGACCUGCAGUGAGAUCAGUUAGAGGGGCUGAGGAGCAGAGCCAUCCCUCCAUGAGGAGUCAGAGAAAGUAAGGCACUAAGACCCAGUGGAGAGCAGGGAGGCUGGGUGCUGCCUGCCCACCACCCGCCGCCUGCCUGUCUGCUCUGCACGGCUCUGCAGUUGCCCUGGGCGCGUGCCGGAGACAGUACAUGUGUGUGUGAAAGUGUGUGCGUGUGUGUGCACUCUUUGUGCAUCACAGGCUGGAAGACAGGAACCCCUCUCCUCAAUUUUUCCUCCCUUCUGAAUCGAAGACCUGGCGAGAAGAGAGCUGAGGGGAGGGAGGUGUGUGCCUGAAGGGAUGGAGAGGGGGGCGGUCAGCUUGGUUGGGUGGGAGGUGAUGACGAGAUGAAAGGGGCCAGGUGAGGAGGAGACACAGGAGCCCCCCUCUCUCUCUCUCUCUCUCUCUCUCUCUUUCUCUCUCUCUGUGACGUGGUGUGUCAGUGUGUGUUUGCUGUGUGUGUGGGGGAGAGAAAGCGAAACAGGUCAGCUCUCCUUCAGUAGACUGUGAACCUGCACAGGAGGAAGCAGCCCUCUCCAGACUGAGAUCUUUCCGUCUGAAGGUCAUAUUGGGGAGAGAAGGACGGCUUCACUAAAAGUUACAAGGAAUUGAGUAACAAAAAAAACUGCUGUGAUCGUCUGCAGAGCUCCAGGCUAAAGUCUACCGGGGUUCAGGGCCUGUACAGCUCCAGCUGCUAUUACAGACGCCACCGCCUGAGCUUUUCAGUGACACCCUAUGACAGGGGAGGAUGGGUGAUGGGCCCGUGAAAUUCAGCGGACUCUCUCCUCCUUAUCCCAUCCUCUCAUGGAGCGUCCUGUCACACCGAGCCCCUCUUGGAACACUUCUCUCCCCGCAUUUCCAGGCUCACUGCACCCGAACAUCUCUAACGUGACCCGGCCUGUCGGGGGCAUCCGAGGUGGGGUUGACCUGAACCAGUCCUUGGCGCUGUGUGCUAUGAUCAUCAUCGAUGUGCUGGCAGUGGUGGGGAACUUGGCCGUGAUGAUUGUCAUCACCAAAACGCCGCAGCUGCGCAAGUUUGCCUUCGUGUUCCACCUGUGUCUGGUGGACCUGCUGGCCGCGCUGGUGUUGAUGCCUCUGGGGAUGCUGUCAGACCGAAUCCUGGUGGACGAGGCGCUGUGUCGGAGCUACCUCUGCCUGAGCGUGUGUCUAGUUAGUGCGGCCAUCCUCACCAUCUGUGCCAUCAAUGUGGAGCGCUACUACUACAUCGUCCACCCCAUGCGUCAUGAGGUGAAGAUGACAGUGGGGGUGGUGGUGAUGGUACUAGUGGGGAUCUGGAUUAAAGCUGUUGUCAUGUCUGUGCUGCCUCUCCUGGGCCGGCUGCUCCAGGGGAACCAGGGUGUGGGGACAUCUUCGGUCCUGGUUCACGGCCAGAGACACUGCUCCCUCCACUGGACGGGAGGCAGGACCACUCGGCUGCUUUUCAUGGUCUUCUUUACGUUCAUCUACUUUCUGUGCCCCAUGCUGAUCAUCCUGGUGGUCUACUGCAACAUGUUCAAGGUGGCGAGGGUAGCAGCCAUGCAGCACGGCCCCCUCCCCACUUGGAUGGACACGCCACGACAACGGUCCGAGUCCAUCAGCAGCCACUCCACCAUGGCGGCCAGCCUCGGAACUGGCGCCCGCACUACCCCUCAGAGGACCUUCAGUGGCGGGAAGGCUGCGGUGGUCCUGGUGGCAGUGGGAGGCCAGUUCCUCUGCUGCUGGCUGCCAUAUUUCUCCUUCCAUCUCUACUCGGCCGUGGCGUCUACCUCCCCCACCUCGCUGGCCCAGCUGGAGGAUGUGGUCACAUGGAUUGGCUAUUUCUGCUUCACCUCCAACCCCUUCUUCUACGGUUGCCUGAACCGGCAGAUUCGCGAGGAGCUGGGCCGCCACCUGGCUUGCUUCUUCAAGCGGGCUGGGCCCGGUGAAGGGGAGCAGCUGCCCAGCCGCGAGGCCUCUAUUGAGGAGAACUUCUUGCAGUUCCUUCAGGGCACAGGAUGCAAUCUGGAGCCCUGCAACUCUCACAGCAGAGCCAGCCCAGAGGAGCCAGAGACUGAGGGCCUUCAGGAAUCAGCUGUUCAGCAGAACACGCCAGCUGACUUCCACAUCCCAGGGCAGAUCCUUGAGGAAACCUCAGAGUUCAUACAGCGGCAACAGCUAAACAAUGAGCUACAAGUCUCAGAGAACUGCUGCAAAACUGUACCAGAGCUGUAGCUGCCUCUCAUGUACUGUCCCUUUUGCCAUCUAUAAUCCAAUAAAAAUACUUAGUUUUAUUCAUAUUUUCUGAACUGCAAAAAAAUGGUGUCUUCUUUGAAGAGUUUAGAGCU